AGCAACCAACAUCCGGGACCUUUUGGUAUCCACAGCAAACGUUGUAAAUACCAAGAUGGCGGCGUAAAAGUGAAGACUGACAACGAUUUUACCAACUUUCACCGCAUAUUCUCCUGCUAGAAGAUCAUUUUCAUACUUUUGCGACCUUGGCUAGAAAGAGGAAAGGCCAGCAAAGAUGCCGGAGGGCUCUAUCAGGUCUCUGUUGUCGGAUAUCGGCUGGGACGAGGGCUUCAGUAUGCCCGUCGCCAACGCCGAAAACAAACGACUGGAAGAAGAGAUUACGAGGAAACAGCGUGAGCUGGUUCGCUUCCAGCAGGAGUCAGAACAGCAUGAGGACCGGAUCCAUGCCAUGAGGGCACAUUUCAAGAAUGUCCAGCAAGAGCUCUCCCACACACAGGGUCUGUGUCGCGCCCGAGACAACGAGAUCGAGACAGAGGAUCACAUGAAACAGAUUGCAGACAGGGAGGAGGGGCGUCUGGGACAGGAGAUCACGCGACUGGAGAACGAGAAGACCGAACUGUUGGAGAAGAAAAAUGUCUUUGAGAACACAAUAUUUAGACAGACACAGCGUCUGGAGGAGCUGAAAGCACAGAUGAACUGGAACCAACAAGCCCUGGAGGCGUGGCUGGAAGAGUCGGCGCGUAAAGAUGAGGACGCCAUGACGCUCGCCAAGUACACGCGCCAGGACGACUCCAAGGGGAAGGAGCUGGCCCUCCGGAUGGAGCGCAUGACGGAAGAAAUGAUCCGCAAGAGGAGGAUGUUGGAUCAUGAGACAACAGAGACGCUCACUGCCCAGAUUGAGCUGGACAAAACGGCAGAAGAGUUCCGGAAGGCUCACGAGACCCGCCAGGACUUGAUCCACCAAUGGGAGCAGACGAUAGAACAGAUGCAGAAGCGAGACAGGGAAAUGGACGCCAAUGCUGCCGAGCUGGCCCGAGUCAAAGCUGAAGUACGCGGUGCGGAAGACACCAUCAAGGAAAAACAGAGCUUUCUCGAAAAUGAGACGGAGAACAACAAGGAGAUGGAGAAGAAAAUUGGUGCCUCGGAACGUCUGGCGGCGAAGCUGCGUCUGGAGUACCAGGAUCUGGAAACACAGCGCAUUCAGUUCCAGGAUGAGUUGGAGACCCUAAAGUACACUGUUGAGAGGACAGCCUCGGACCUCGACAGCAUGCGAACACAGGUCACCAACCUGAGAAAGGACGUAGAGGAUAAAAAUGACAAGUUGAGGGCUGCUCAAGAACUUCGUGAACAGCUGACCGAGAAACUGAAGAUUACGACAGAGUCAGAACUGAGCGCGGAAGAACGUGCUCUGCGUAUGGACGAGCUUCUUCAAGAGGAAGAACAUCAGAUUAAGGACAUCGAGACAGACCUGGGCAGACUGAGGGAAGUACAGUUUAAACGGACUCAGGAACUGCACAACGCCCGGCAACAAGAGCGCCACACGCACGCUGAGAUUACGGGUGCCAGAGCAGCAAGUCGGAACCUGACCAGCCGUUUGAACAAGCUAGACCAUGAUUCCUUGCAGCAACAGGAAAUCAUCUACAACCAGGAUUUCCAGAUUCAGCAAUUGGAACGUCGUAUCAACCGCAUGAUGGGAGAGAGUAGCCACGAUGAGAAGAUACAGCUCGAGGCCAAGAUCAAAGAGCUACUGGAAGUCCUGGACAACAGGAAUACUACUCACACCCUGCUGACUACCCAGCUGAAACGACUUCAGGACGACAUCCGCAGGCAGAAGCGUGAUCUGGAGAUCCGUGGAUCAGAAUGUGCAGAUCUCACCUCCAAGAUUGAGGAGCUGGAGCUCUACAACAACAGCUCACAGAGAGUGCUGCGCAACCUCAACAAAGAAAAACAGGACCUGAUGGUGGAGGAGAAUAUCCUGAAGCUGGAGAUCAAGCGCCUGAGAGACAUGCUCCACAGCAAGGCAGACACCGUCUUCUCACUGGAGAAGAGGAGGCUUCAGCUGGAAACGGCCAUGAAGGAGCGCAGAGAGGAAAUCAACGUGCACAGGGACAUGUUGGCGGCCCAGCAGAAGGCCGCGGAGGAGGAACGACAGACGAUCAGCGCGGAGCUGCACGACCGGAUCUCCAAGAUCGACAAGCUGCGGAAACGCUACGAGAUCCUGAUGGUUGCCAUGGCACCCCCUGAGGGUGAGGAGGAAAGGUCACAGGCAUACUACGUCAUCAAGGCAGCACAAGAGAAGGAGGAGCUACAAAGGGACGGGGAUGAGCUGGACGCAAAAAUACGCAAGGCGGAGAAAGAGAUCCGUGCCUUAGAGAACACGCUGAAACUCAUGAACAACCGUAACGAGACCUACCGCAAGUCCUUCCAAAAGGUCACCGAGACAAGUGAAGAAUAUGAAGAGAAACAACAGCUUGACGAGCAACUCCGGGCUGUCAUGGACAAGUACAAGUACAAGCGGCGGCAGAUCCGCGAGUUGAACGAGGACGUCCAGACCAUGACCAGUACGCUGGAGAACCUGCAGCGGGACGAGGCCGCGUACGGGAACCUGUCUGACGAGAAACAGAGCAAAGUCCUGCAGCUGAAACGUGAACUCGAUGAGCAGAGGACCAAGAUCGAAAGGGUUGAAAAACAGUGUGCACGGUAUGCCAGGGAAAUCCGCUCAGCAAAGAAGACCAAAGGACAAACUCAUGAAGAGCGUGACAUGGACCUGCGUGAGCUGCGGGACUUUAACCAGGGUGUGAUGCGACAGAUGGCAACGGUUGGAUCCGCCUACCAAGACCUGUCAUCCAUCAUUAACCUAUACUUCCAACAGGCUGGUUUGUCCCCUCCCCCGUCAGGCCCGAGCAGCAGAGCGAGUUCCCGUCCAACUUCUUCUCGAAGCUCGCAGCUCUCCGCAAGGCCAAGGCCGUCAGUCCGAUCGGCCCCUCCCAGUGGCAGAAACUUAAAGACCCCCACUCAAGUAGACCUGAGUCUUGGGUUGGAUGACAAGGAUUCCCGAGGGGGGAAACCGUCCUCCAAGACCCCCCAGGCUUGGACGUCUUCCUCUGCACGGUCUGGACCUACGAGUCGUGCGAGCGUGACGUCUCCGAAACAGGUAGACCUGGGGAUGGGUCUGGCAGUGACGGGGAGUGCGAGAUCUCCGCACAGCUCACGACCGGUCAGCGCAGGAAGCAGCGCCAGUAGCCGCGGGAGUGCCAGGAGGUAGACAUGCACCGUGAACUGUCGUCAUGGUUUAUUAUUAAAAUUGUCAACAACAAAAAAACUUUAAAUGGCAAUUUGAGGUUUUCUAACUACACCACUACACAUCUUGCAUUGAAAUUGUUUACUAAAUUUCACAUAUAAAAGAAAAUAGAAUUUUGAAAAGGAACAAACAAGACCUUUGUAAUUGUUCUGAAGAGUUUUGUCCACUCCUUUCAAUGCAAGCCCUAUGUGUAUGUUAAUGUGUGAUGAAUAUUCUUAUUUCACAUUAUAAAAUUCAUGCUUCACACUUGUAAGAAAUGCCAGAUGAAACUUCAAAGAGUGGCCUUAAAUUGUACAUUAGUUGAUGUAACUCUGUUGAAAAAUGUGGCCUUGUAAUAUCACACAUUGCCUUUAAAUACACAAAGUCGCACCUCUGACUAUAAAGGAGUAGACAACAUUGAAAGACAUUGACAACUUGUUUAGAACUUACAACAACUGUAUAUAUCUUUUGGACUGAUAUCUGAAGCUAUUAAAGGUUACAAAAUGUGUGUUUUGGCUUAUCAAUA